UGUUGGGCCAGUGGCGCAGGAGCCGAGCGCUUGCUUGCCGAGCACAGUCUUCAGAUAGAGAGAGCGCACAGUGUGCUGCUGGAAAUCCGAGUUGUGAUUUUGUUGUGUUCGUUCAUUGGUGCUGUGCGACUCGUUCACUUUUCAGCCCCAACGGUUCCAUUCGAAAAUGCGCAGGAGAUAAGGCUUGCUUGUGAGGAUCAUGAUUUUCACUGGGAUUGCCAAUCACAACUCGUGUGUUUCGUGUUUUCUGUGAUAUAUUCCACUUCGGAUUAUACUUCAAUCGAGGAUUUUACCGAGGGUUUUUACACUCUUUCUCGAGAGUAAAAAAUGGCCGACGUUCGUUGGUUCUCGAUAGCACAAUGCAUCAAAGCAUGCGUGUUAUGUUUUGUGAUUUCGUAUGGACAUUGCCAGACAUUGAAUACGGCUUGCAUAGAGAUGAAGAAAGCCUACACGGAGAAAGGAUUCGACGAAAAUGAGGUUCCAAUCAAAGCCAUUUCGGAAUUCUUCACGGAGCUGCUGGACAAGGCCAAGAUGGACCUGCACGAGAUGUUCGUGAAGACGUACGGCUUCCUGUACCAACAGCACGCCUACAUCUUCACCCAGCUGUUCGAGGAUCUGCGGACCUACUACAAGGGCCGCGACAAGAACCUCAUGGACGUCAUGAACAGCUUCUUCAGCAAGCUCUUCCAGAAGAUGUUCCAGCUGCUCAACCCAGACACGGACUUCGACUCGGAGUUCAUGGGCUGUGUGCUUGAGGGCAUGAAGGAGCUGAAGCCGUUCGAGGACGUGCCCCAGAAACUGUCGUUGCACGUCAAGAGGGCCUUCAUCGCCGCGCGCACUUUUGUACAGGGGCUGGCUAUUGGACGCGAUGUGAUCAGUGCUGUUAUGGAGAUGGCGCCGUCCAAGCCUUGCGUGAAGGCCAUCGUGCGCAUGACGUACUGCCCGCACUGCCGGGGCCUGACCUCCACCAAGCCGUGCAACAACUACUGCCUCAACACCAUGAAGGGCUGUCUGGCCGGGCACGCCGAGCUCAACGACGUCUGGAACGAGUACAUCGAUGCCCUGAACAAGCUGGCUGACCGCCUGGAGGGGCCGUUCAACAUCGAGUCAGUGGUGGACCCCAUCGACGUAAAGAUCUCAGACGCUAUCAUGAAUCUACAGGAGAACAGCGAGAAGGUUUCCGUGCAGAUAUUUGGCCGAUGUGGCAACCCUAAGCUGUCAAGAAAUAAGCGAGAAGCAGGUCGGAGCCAGAGCCAGACCUUCACAUUCAACCACCUGCCCCGCAACUCCCACGCCCGACCCACCACAGCCGCUGGAACCAGCCUGGACAGGCUUGUCCGUGAUAUUAAGGAUAAGGUAAAGAACGCCAAGGACUUCUGGGUACAGCUGCCGUACACUGUGUGUAACAACGCCGUGGUGGACCCGUCAGGGGAGGACGCCUGCUGGAACGGGCAGGACAGGGCGAGAGAUUGAAGGUUUGAGCAGUGGUAGUGGCAGUGGUGAUGAUUUUGAGCUCCCGUCCAGUGGGUCGGGUGCCGGCACUUCCGACGAUGAGGACUUUGAUAUUGACGAACGACCGCCGUACACCACCGGGGGAGGCAGAGACCCUGGGGUUGGCCGGGGAAGUGGCGGGGGAGGCAAGAAGAAGGGCGGACACGGCGGGAAGAACCGACCACGCUGGCAAGACCCAGAGGUGGACGUGGGCACGGGUAUCAAUGAAGGAAGUAUCCGUCCAGGCACCAGACCUAGAGAGGAAGUGGGAGACCGUGGCAACAACAACAACAACAACAACAACAACAACGACCGUGGUGGAAACGGUCGUGGUGGAAGUGGUCGUGGAGGAAGUGGCCGAGGAAAUAAUGGUCGUGGAGGAGGAGGAGGAGGAGGAGGAGGAGGAGGGGGGCGCAGAGGAGAGGACCGUAAUAAUGAGGGGAGAAGACGGCCAGAGAACAGCGGCCUGGUGCUCACGUCAUCGUCGGCCAUAUUGCUACUUGCGCUUUCUGUCCAGCUUUUCCUGCGCUUGCCUCGUGGUCUGUGGUGACCGGGUACCCAUGUAGGAGCUAGAGACUACGCACAGCACACUUGUUCCUCACUGCUUCAUGGCCUUCACUGAUGUGUCCACCGUGUCCACUUCUGGAGUGUGUCACUAUUUGUGUCACUAUCUGGGAUGUGUUACUUCUGAAAUGUGUUAAAAUCUGGGAUAUGUCUAUACAUCUGGAAUGUGUCAAAAGUCUGGGAUAUGUCAAUACAUCUGGACUGCAUCCAAAUCUGGGGUAUGUUUAAGUUUGGAAUGUGUCAGAAUCUGGGAUAUGUUUAUAUUUGAAAUGUGUCAAAAUGUGGAAUAUGUCAACUUCUUCUUUUAGGUGUCUAUCUGUGGUAUAUGUUUUUGAAUUUUCAAGUUUUCAAGAGUGAAGGAUUUCCUGAGGUUAUUUCAUGGCUACUGUUCAGUCUUCAACUUAAAAGAAUAAUGAUAAUAAUAAUAAUAAUAAUAAUAAUAAUAAUAAUUGUAAUACCAAUAGUUUAUCCCCAAAUGAGAAAUAAAGGCAAAAAAAGGAUCAAAUGAUUUGUAGCUUUUGCUUUGGCCAAUGAGGCCCAUUCUGGCAGAGAAGAGUUUGCCAAGCGCUCAUAUGACCUUAUGCAGUUGCAAGCACUGUAAAACCCUUACUGGAACAAAGCGUUUGCCAUAUAUACUUUGUGCUUUGAAAAGUAUUUUCUACAACAGGAAGAAAUAUUUGGAGAAGUUGCAAGUACAAUGUUAUUGCUGCUUUGAAAAUUUAAUUGGUUUGAAAAGAAAUCGAGAAAAUUCUUAUUCUUUCUGCGCAGUUUUAAGUUUUUCUAGUUUCUGCAUUAUCAGAUCCCAGUUGUAAGGGAGGCAGUAUGUGAGGGGGGCCAACAAGAAUUGGGGUGAAAGUUGUCUGGUGGACGUUUUUACUCUUUGCUCUAACCCUUUGUGGGGAUACAGUUGUUUUCUGUAUAUUCUGUGCAUUUGAAUGAAAAUAACUGUGGUUUAAAACGAUUUAAGCGACACAAUUUUGAGGACGUUUUUUUGGCUUUUAGAGUAUGUCAAGAAAUUUUGUUUUAGAAUUAUUUAGCACUUUUGUCCGCUAAUGACUUUCAGAAAUUAAACAUGAAAUAAAGGGAACACACUGAUAUGAUUAGCUCAAACUGAGCUCGGGAUGACCAAAGAGACAUCGUAAAAUAAGUAUGCCUUCUUAUUUCUAAUCUUGACAGACUGCCUCACAUGUGUGACUUUGUGUGUGUGUGAGGGAGGGCAGGGGAAUAGAGUAUUAUGUAUGCUGAAGUUGACAUGUGUGAGAGAUUUGUGAGUUAAAUGUUGUCUUGUAGGGAAGGUGGGAUGCUUUUUUAAGCUAUGUGACAUGUCCCGUGAACACCGAGUUACCUGCUUUACUGACAAUGUGGCAUAAACCAGAGACACAGUAUUGUGUUCCAGAAUACAGUGACACAUGUUUCGAAUACAACGUGACAUUUACAGUGAAUUUAGUGACAUAUGUGUUGCUUUUUUUUUAUAACACAGUAUGACAUAUUCCAGAAAUACAAUGACAUAUAUUUUCAAAACAACGUGAUUUACCCCAGAAAUACAUGAACAUGUUAUGCAUGUUGAAUACAGAAUGACAUGUACCAGAAAUACAGUGACUUGUGCUUUGUCUACACUUCUGCAUGUGUCAGAAAUACCCAAGACACGUGCCAGAAAUACACAGACAUGUAUCGGAAUUGCGCGGUGACAGAUGCCAUGAAAGUGGGGUUUAUUCAUUAUGUGUCCGGAGCACUGAGUGCCAAGACGCGAGCCUAGGUUCCUGAGUGACGUGGGUCAGGAUUAUUAGAGAGUGAAGUUUUUACCAGGAGUGCCCAAGUGACUACUACCGGAACGACGCCCCAUGUUUUCAGUGGAAUGUUUGAACUGCAAACCUUUUCAUCCACUGGUGAACACACUGCAGGAUUAUGUUCUGCCAUCAGGGCCUUGUCUUUCUCCUCUUGAAACAGUGGAAAGUGACCAAUGAUCGUUGAGACAGACGGGAUGCCAUAAAAAAACCGCGUUGCCCCCCCCCUUGUGUGAGUUAGCAAAGCUUCUCUCCCAGCGGACGGGUGACUGUGCCAGGUGUGUGGGUGGUUUCUCUGAGGCCUCGAGUACCCUAGGAACAAUCUGCUGGCAGACCGUGGAAUUUGUCCUUUCUUGUACAGAGCUAUUUAUAGGUCUUGUUGGGAGUAGACAGAGAUGUAAGACGUUGUUCAGCCCUACCACACCAUUUUUUGUUUUGUGUGUGUGUGUGUGCACGUGCUUGUGUGUGUGUAAAAGUAAUAAAGAUAUUGAAAAAUUGAUAGGGGAACUAGAUCCUGCUUUAACAAUAACAUGAAGAUACCAAGUUUCAUUCAUAUACUCCAAUUCAUCAAUGACUUAUGAACAGUUUUCCCUCAAAUACUUCAAGAGACGUCCAUUUUCAUAGGUCCUCCAAAAUUUUGUAACAAAAUUUUUAAUGUAUCAGUGGAUUUCUAAAAGUUAAAACCCACAGCUCUGAGGGGUUUACUGCUCUUUCAUUGAAGCUUGUUUGAAAGCAUUUUUUUUUAAAUUAAAAAAUUCAUUGUCCUUAUGUGUGUGUGUGUAUGUGUGUAUGUAUUUGUGUGUCAUGGCCAGCCAAAAUGAAGUCCUAAUUGUUGACAAUUAUACCGUGAAAUGGCUCCUUGAUAUAACUCUAGCUUUUAUGAUGGUAUCAAACUGUGCUUUUUCUUUUUUUUUUUUUUUUCACUAAUAUCAUCUGUUAGUGAUGGAGGAAAGUGUUAAAUUGUAAAAAAAUGCAAUGGCAGGCUUAAUUGUCAGCAAUGGGAUUGGCAACUCUGGUUUGUCGUAAGAUGUGUGUACCCACACAGACACACAUAUAUUGUUCACAUGCACACACACACACACACACACACACACACACACACACACACACACACACACACACACACACACACACACACACACACACACGAGCACGCACACACAUACUCGCACACACGAAUUGGUUGUAAUUUGUAUACACACAUGAUGUGUGCUAUCUUUUUGAGGGCUUCUAUCUUCUGUAGUUGUACUGUGUGGUUUUCACUUCCUGAUUUGUGUGUGUGGUCACAAACCCUCAUUGUUCUGAGUUGUACGGUUCAUUGGUCCGAGAUAUUAUCCUCAGAGGAGUGUGACAUGAAAACGGAUCUUUCUUCUGUGGAAAAUAUCUGUGGCAGUGGAAGCUGUGUCUGCCGAGCUAUAGAAGUCUAUGUGAUCUGAUUUGUCCAGUGUUCUGUGCUGUGUGUGUGUGUGUGUGUGUGUAUGUGUGUGUGUGUGUGUGUGUGUUUGUGUGUGUGUUCAUGUGUAUAGAACUAAUGGUAUGGUAUGGAGGGGUCCCAUUUACUUUUAAAUGUUUAUAUUACAUUAACAAUGUAAUAUUAUUAUUACUUCGAAAUGUAAUAUUUGAUUAUACUUGUUCUUUUUAUGUAGAAGAAGCCUUAACUCUUUUGGGGCUUGUUACUUUUACGGCUUUACAAGAUAUAUGAGGUAAUUGUGAGUUUUGAAUUGUGAGACCUGUGCACCUGGGCAGCUGCGUCUGUUUUUUUUGGUUGUGUUUUAGCUUUGUACUUUUAAUUUGUCUAUAGACGGCUAUGAUCUUGACAUUUGGAGCCAAAAACCAGCUGACUGUGGGAGGGUCUGGUCUUCUAUAGGUCUUUCAGCAACGUAUAUUGCUUAUGGAAAGAAAGCCUAGUGUUUCUGUUAGAAAAGCAUGUUGUACUAUGCUAAUUUUUAUGAAGGAGCACAUUUUGGAAAACUUUAACCUUUCCAUAGACACAUACAGGGUAUGUUAGUGACUUGGAAAGCACUGAUCACAGGGUCCAUCAAGUGGCUUUUUUUUGCUACAACAGAGCUUGCUACAGCUUAUCAGGGGUCAGGUACAAGGUUUUAUGUUUUAUGUUUUUGAACUUUGUUUUAUUAAUAUCUUAAGAAAGAAAAUCACUGUCAUCUGUGGUGUGUACUUUGGUACCUCACCAUUGCCCGCAGAAGGCUUGGGGGAGAAUCGAUCUGAGCACGGAUUGGCUCUGACAGGUAGAGUAGAAGCCUGCCAUUUUAGUGAUUCCUCACCAUUGCCCGCAGAAGGCUUGGGGGAGAAUCGAUCUGAGCCCGGAUUGGCUCUGACAGGUAGAGUAGAAGCCUGCCAUUCUAGUGAUUUAAAGUAAUUGUCUUGAUGAAGGUGUAAAAAACCCUACAUUUUAAGGAAAAUCUGGUGGAACAAAAUGAAAUGAAAAUGACGCAGCAGGGAUGGAUUUGUUAUUAAAGUGAACACAGUGGGAGCUGUGAAGGUGGUGGUUUGCAUUCACAACUCUGGAUCUGUCGACAAACCGCGAUCUAGGAAUUCUAUAUCGUCAGAAGGCGUAGCAUUAAUGGGUGUGGGAAAUCUAAGACUUAAAUCAACAUCAUUUUAUUGUACAGAUUAUCUACCUCAGAGCAUCAGUAAUCUUUGUUUUUGUUUUUUAUUUUUUUUAUAUUUCCUCCAUUGUAAGAUUUCAUUCAAAAGUUUUAAAAAGAAAGAAAAUGAUAUUUUUCCUAUUCUGGCCCAAAUCCCAUAGAUGAGGUACACCAGUAGUGGCUCUGGGUUUGGGUCGUGAUAUCCUUAAUGGUGAGGACAAUCAGCCCUUUAGACUUGUGCUUCCCCGCUCUUGUCAAAGACGUCUGCUCUCAUCUUUGGUCAGACCUUGGGUCAGAAAUACUUUCUUCUGUAUUACAUCAGGCUUCAGGUGGGAUAAACAAGCACUCUUCUAAGGAAACAACUAACAUUGGGCAAACACCGGACACUGACUUCAUGAUGCCAGUUGAGAUGAGGAGGUCACCAGCAUCCGUAGUGUAACAGUUUGGCAAUUUGCUGUUACACGCAGAAGACCAGAGGAGAAUUUUUAUUGAGUAUCUCCGUCUUUUUGCUGGGAUGUUGUAUUACUCACUGUCUGGGUUGGCCUUGACAAGCAGUGUUGAAACUGCCUUCCUAAGUCAUCUAAAUUAUGUUGAUGAGGGCGUAAAACAUAUAUAUUUUAAAAAAUAAAGUUAGGAAGCCUAGCUUUGGUGACUGGAAAAAUGCUAUUCUUACUGAUACAGUAUAGUAUUUGGCAAACUCCAGACUCUGGUUUCGAGUUACGGGUUGGUCUUGGAAGAGGAUGGGUUGUAUCUUGAGGAUGAAGCAGAAUUGUUUUUGAUAUUACCUUACCAGUAACGAAGAAAAAGGUAUCAAAUACACGGUAAUCAUUUAAAAGACAUUAAAUCAUAUUGUGAAGAACAGUUGUCAAAUACACAGUGAUUAUUAAAAUGACAGAUUAUGAAAUGUUCUACUUUAAUUUUUAUAUGAAUUUUCGUUUUGUCUGUAAUAAAUUAUUAAUUGUGAGCUUCUGUAGUUUGUCAUACAAGUCGUACACACUAACCUCUUUGUGCUCUCUUACUUGGUGGAAUUAUGUGUGUCAAAACCAAAAACCUGAUUGUACCCAUUUGUGACAGUGACAGAAGAAGUGUGACUGUGUUUGGUCUUACCUGAAAAGUGGGCCUUUAAAAAAUUUUUGCAACAUGAAAACUGAGACUUUAGAAAGUGGGUCUUUUUGUGUGCAGCUUGAAAACAAAGAGUUGAUGAGUGAAUGUGAGUGAUUCAUUUUUUCAAAAAAAGUUUUGUCUUAGCAUUUUUGUGAGUGCAUUAAGGAACAGAAUGUAUGAUUAGCUUUAUUAAAGUCAUGUGGAAUGUGCAACUGAGUUUUAAUUAUGAGAACCAAAGUGUGGUUUGUUCUCUUGUUUUUUUCGUCAGAUGAAAUGGUCAGUAUUUGUGUGUGUUUGUUGAAACGAAGAAUGAAAAAUGUUUGUGUUUGAUGAAAUGAAUUUAUAAUGAUGAUUUGUGUUUAAUGAAAGGAUAAUUUCCUGUUUGUGGAUACUGAAACAACAACUGUUUGUUGAUGAAAAAACAAUGAAUUAUAAUUUGUACAGUUUCUGAACCAAGAAGUACGUGAAUGAGUACCAGUGUCAAAAUAUUUUAGUUUUUGAGUCAAACUCAAUUGCUUCCUUUUCCUUCGUAUUUCUAUCUCGCAGUGUUCUUCCCCCUUUCGUUUCUCUCCCCCCUCCUCUCUCUUUUCCCCUCUCACGUCCCUUUUCCCUCUCCACAACUCUCUGUUGAAGUUUUAAGUAAUUUUUUAAUGUCUUGAUUAUUAUGAUUAUAUAUGCAUUUGGUUUUCUUUUUGGAUUAAUUAAGAAAAGUAGCAUUAAAUUUUCAAUCUGACAUUGUAAUGUUUUUAUUUUAGCCUUUGCUAAACUGAACAUUUCUGGAGUUUAAUUUUCAUGAGUUUGUUUUCAAAUGUGUGCGUGUUGGUAUUUUUUAUUAAUUUAUACGUACAUACAUGUAUACAUACAUAUUAUAUAUAAAUAUAGAUAUACAUAUAUACAUAUAUAUAUAUACUAUUAUAUUCAUGCUUGUAUCAUGAUAUUUCUGGCUAGCCUUCUGCGUAAUGGAUUUUGCUCUUUGUGACGGCCAUGGAAGUGUGGACAAUGUGAACUGUCUAACACUGUCUGUCGCUGACUUUUUUUGCGUCUGUUGUGAAAUGUCCUAACUUGCACAGAAAACCCUUCGCCUGCCUUGAUGGGUUUUUAAUUUUGAUGGAACUGGAGAGCACUCGUGUUCCCCUUGGUCCAUUUUUUUGCGUGUUGGGACAGAAAUGAGGCAAAAAGUUUGCGAAGUGUAGUAGUAUCCAUGAUUUCUACAGCAACUGGUUUUGUCAUGAACCUCUUUCAUAGAAGCUUGUCUAUUUUUGGUUCACACACAUCAGAUGCUGAAUGUUUCAUCGAAGUUUCUGAGUGAGAUAUGUGCUUCGUAAAUAGUGGUAGGCAUUUGCCUGUCACAAUAGAAGCUUUUUUUUUAGUCUUUGCCAGUCAAGAACUUUAGAAGUAGAGUCUUAUGUUUUUUUCAGUGUAUUCACUGCAUGCUCAUUGCUGGAGUCCCAUCCUCCGAAGCAAUGUUUAUUGACUAAAUAAUGACCUGUUAACCUUUGAACUUCCCUGAGCUUUGCCACCUAGAGGAGUCACACUGCUGAAACUGGUAUCUAUCUCUUCAUCACAUCUAUAAAUAGCCAUACCUCACAGCACAGGGCAGCAUUGGGUGACGUUUGAAUGUUGGUGUCAGUAGACCCUACAUAGCUCUUCCUGGAUCCUGGACAGUUUCUACCAGAUGUGUCUAGAGUGGCCCCUCCUGUGUCUGCCAGUUGAAGUACCACACUUUGAUCGGCUGUGUUGCUACCAGGGCUUUGGUAGUCUCGGGGCCUGUAUAUCUCCCCUAUGUCAGUGUGUAAUGUGGCCACUCUGUUUCUGAAUUGACUUUCAUCUAGCAGUGUCUUUGUAGGCCUUGGUCUGGCUCUGGUGAGAUGACCGUGCCGAUUUCUUAGGUCAGAACUGAUGCCAACUGCACUUUUCUUACUUUUCAAAAAAUAGGUCACUGUCAAUGUGGGGGCCAGUGCCUGGGGGCCAGUGCAGGCCAAAACGAUUUUGGAAUGCUGAGUUUGCAGAGAAGAGUAACGUUUGUGAAGAUCCAAAUUGCAGAAUGUUUUACUAUUAAAAGAUGAGAUGUUCGACCCCUCAAAGUUAGUCCUUCUCAUAGUUUUAUGUCCGUCAAGACCUAGGUCGGAGCAACAGCUUGCAUGUCGUGUUUUCAGGUGUCAUGUCUUGACCACCGACUUAUGUGUACAGGGUCUGAGGAGUGGGUCUUUUGUACUAGUUGUGUCGUCACCUCCAUUGUCCUGGGGCUCAUGGGCUGAUGGUCCUGGGGGUCAUGGUCAUGUGGUCACAGCCAUAGCACCUGGGGUCCAGGUCCGGGUUAGUUUGACAAACCCCUUCAGAAGGGUCUGUCUAGAUCAUAUGUCAUGGAUCUGUUACAUUUACGGUAUAUUUGCUGCAGGGGCACUCAAUGGAGAACGAACAGCAUUGUUAGCUGCUGGGAGUAAGUACAUAAUUCACAUCUGAACUCGUAGGUUCAUAAUUUACUGUCUGUGUGUAUGUUGGCAAAUGAAGUUUAUAGAUCGUAUGAUGAUUUACUUGUUAUGUCAUUGACAUACCAAGUGAAGUCAGCCAUUCUGUUAUUGCUGUACUCUUCAGCUACAAAGACAUUUGAGAACAACUUGAAUUGAUCACAAUUUUUUAUACUCUCUUUCUCUCUCUCUCUCUCACUCACUAUGCAAAGUCAAAUGAAAAAUCUAUUUUCUGGGGGGGUUGGAAGUUACUUUUCUACUGUGAAAUAAAGUUGUUUAUCAAUGUUAUCAUUUGAAGACCACAAUGAAAAAACUAUCAGUCACAUUUUCAGGUUUAGAGAAAAUCAAAUGCAUGCAUGUUUAUUAUCUGUUGAGCCCUGGGUUCCUGAUCCUAAUUUUGCCCAAAUCCUGGUCUCCUGAGUAUCUAAGGUUCGGGGAGAGAGAGUGCCCUUCAUUGUGAAAAAACUCAGUUGACCUAAAUCAAAACAGAAUAUGACCAAAACAUGUGUGAAAGGAUGAAGACAUGUUGGUAUCCCAUAAUGGCAUGUUGAUAGAAACUAGCUGGUGAACCGGUGCCACUGAUUAUUGUGGUUGCCAUGCACCACUAGUGCAAUGGAGCUAAAGGCUCAAAACUCGAAGGGUUAAGUUCAAAACACACUGUACUUUUGUCAUUGUCCUAACAUACUCUUUCAAAAAAGAUCUGCAAUUCAGAACUCUGCCCUUUGUUCGGUUUGAGAGUAAAUUUAAGAAAUUAUGUGCUAUACAAAAGACAAGACAAUGACUCAGUAAUUUCGAAAUUGUGACUGGUUUUUCUUUUGUUUUCGUUGUGGUCUUCAUUUCCUUCUUGUGCCGCCUUAGUCAUUGUGGCAGUAGUGAGUAACUUUAGUGACUGGCAACACCCUUAAAGAAAAAAUCCAUUUUUUUUUCUGUGCAUGUUUUUGUGUUGAGCUUAUCAUUAUUACUAUCUCUAUAAUUAUGAAGAAUUUUUCUGGACUUUUUAAAUAUUUACAAUCCACCGCAAAAUGUAGAUAUAUAUAAGAAGAGAAUUUUCAUGUUAAUUUCAGAUCACAUUUAUCAAAAAAGCUUGUAAUUGAUGAAUGAAGGAAAUGCUAUUUGUUCUUUAUAUUAUGUUCUAAUCUGGACUUUGUUGCUAGGGUACAAGUACAAGCCUGACCCCAGAUUGUGUUUUGACAAUACAGUUGGUUUCUGCCCAUGUGAUUCAUACUCAAAAAAUAGCUUUUUAACCUUUAGAUGGUCAGCAAAUUUACUCUAUUCAAGAUUGCUACUAAAUUAUCCUGUCACAUUUCUUUGAGUUCAGAAGUGAGCAUAGUUUUCGUUUGGCUUGAUAUAAUAAGGAAGCAGCAUUGACCUGGGAUUGGUUUUGUGUUCUGUCUUGAUGAGUUUUACAUCUUGAAUCAACUGUCUUUGGGAUUUUUCUUACUAUUGAGUUUUAAGGGUUGUCCCACAUCGAUCUGUGCCAUCCUUCAUUAUGUGAACUUCCCUCGUUUGGCUCCGUCCUCACUGACCAACAAGUUCCCUGGUGAGACCACAUGAAAAGGGUCAUUGAAAACACUAUGGGGAAUACUGUCUAAUUAACGCAAGUGUCAAGCAUUGUUUACACUCCCUUACUCCCUAACACACACACCUGUAUAAACACACCCACCAACACACACACACACACACACACACACACACACACACACACACACACAAGUCUCACUACUCUUGUUCCCCAUUGUCAUUGCCCCAAAUAACUGAUGAUGCUUGUGUAUUCAAGAUGUAAAUCAAGAUGAGUUCGCAGCCACUGUGAAUCUAGCACUCUAUUUUCUGAAAUUGUAUUAAGAUUUUUAACGGGAAAAAAUGAAUCUAUGCCCAUUUCUGAGCAGCAUGCUUGCUGUAUCUUCCUCCGUGUGAGCUGGCGUGUGUGUAUUUGUCCAUGUGAACUCGUAAGGAAAAGCAAGCACUGUUGUAGAAACUCUGCUGAGCCCACUGCCUGAGUAGGCCUACUGAAUAGGUACAUCACUGGCCAACACUAAGAGGAAUUGUACACAUUUGUCGAAGAUUUCUUGUAGCAGACUUUGUUCUAUGUAGGGUAGAGUGGGAAUGCUGGUUGUGGAUAUGUAUGUGAUGUGUGUCUGUGUGCGUGUACAAAAUAUAUAUAUAUAUGAAUGAGUGAGUGUGUGUUAUAGUGUGUUUGUGUAUGUUUGUGUGUGCGUGUGUAUGUGAGUGUGUAAGUGUGUGAGAGUGUCUAGAGUUUCCUGUGCUGGUGGUAUAUUAUUUUGUAAAGAAAUGAAAAUAAAAUAUUUGUUAGUAAAAAAGUU